AUGGCUUUAUACUUGGAUCUGUUCAAGGGGUGCGCACGGCGUUCGGUCUGGCACUGGAUUAUACUGGCGCUUCACUUGCUCGCCAUCACACAUUCGGUGAUUGCAAAAGAGGUGGGAGAGGGAGCCGCAGUGUCGGGCGAGGGUCCGCAUGCGCACUUCGAGAUUUCCCCUGCAUAUAUCCAGUCUUUUGGAGAAUCAAAGUUGCACGGCCAGGGUCUGCACAAUGACAGGAACAAGCGUCAUGAUUACCACGCUGAGCCCUCUAUGCUGCCGCCAGGAGCUAAGGAGAUGCCGUCCGAACCUCCAUCAAAUGCCCUGCCAGAACUCCAUGGCGCGCUUGAGACAAUGCAAACGCACUUCUUCGAGCUCUGGUUAGGCACAUGGCCAGACUCCAUCGACUGGACAUCGGCCGUGCUGGGGACCUAUGUGUCCGCUUCUGUGUUCUCCCUCACACGAUCUCUUGAAUAUGUCCUACCGUUUACCCAGGCUACGCCAGCGUCAAUAGAAGGACAGCGGAUCGAGAAUGAGAUCAACAAGUAUUUUUCGCAUACGGUGGCGUACUAUUUCGGACAGAAUGCGUUCAGCAUCCGCACGCAAGCAUACGACGACAUGCUAUGGGUGGUUCUUGGCUGGCUCGAGAACAUUAGAUUCAUGAACCUACAUACGAAACUGCAUUAUCCUUCCUCAGGCACCUCGCCCCGGUAUGACGGCUGGUAUGGCAAACAGUUCGAGGCCGCCUUCGCUCAUCGCGCUCACGUUUUCUACGACAUCACCACACACGGCUGGGACACGAAGCUAUGCGGCGGCGGCAUGACCUGGAACCCGCAUCUGACUCCGUACAAGAACGCCAUCACCAACCAGCUCUUUAUCUCGGCAUCCAUUGGCAUGUAUCUUUACUUUCCAGGGGAUGAUAAUUCAGCCCCAUUUGUUCAAGACGACGCUUAUGCUCAAAAUAUUCCGUCCGCGAGGCCGCAUGACCCCAAGUAUCUGUGGGCAGCGGUCGAAGGAUAUGAAUGGCUCAGCACGAGCAACAUGACGAACAAGAAGGGGCUUUAUGUCGACGGCUUCCACAUCAGCGGAUGGAACCGCAAUGGUAGUAUCGGGACCGGCAAGUGCGACGAUCGGAAUGAAAUGGUAUACACCUACAACCAAGGUGUUCUGCUCUCCGGUUUACGUGGAUUGUGGGAAGGAACCGGCCAGCUUCGCUACUUGGAGGACGGUCAUACACUGAUUCGAAAUGUCAUGGCGGCGACCGGCUGGCCUGAUGAAGGAGUCCCGCACGACAGAAGGUGGGCUGGGCUAGGUCGCUAUGGCAUCCUCGAGGAGGUUUGUGACUCCUCAGGGAGCUGCUCUCAGAAUGGACAAACUUUCAAGGGCAUCUUCUUCCACCACCUUACACUUUUCUGCGAGCCGCUGCCUCGAACGCCUCUGAUACCGGGGAAAACUUUUUGGGCGAGUCCGGCGGAGUCAAUGCUUCAUGCACAGAGCUGCAAAGAGUAUGCGCCCUGGGUCACGCACAAUGCUCGUGCGGCAUUGAACACGAGAAAUGAAAAGGGCGAGUUCGGAAUGUGGUGGGGAGGGCGCUACGAGGAUGACGAUUGCGCGGAGUACGGAGCGCCUCUUCCGGAGGGAGCCGUGGACUAUCGCAAUGAUGUAUCAGUCUCAGGUGAAAAGCAAUGGAUGGUUCUGGAGGGCCUCGAAGUGGAUGAUCACCAUCUUCGUACACCGGAUCGGCUUCCAAGGCCUGCAAGCAGAGCCCAUACUGGACCAGCCAGGGCGAUCGCGGAUUCAGGCUCCGACGCCCCUGGCCUUAUCAACACUGCUGGUGAUGCCAACGAUCGCGGACGAGGACGGACUGUCGAGACGCAGGGUGGUGGAGUCGCCGUACUUCGCGCUAUGUGGGAGUUCGUUAACAUGUACAGACAAGAACGCUAA